AUGUAUGCGCAUGCAUAUUUACAUCACCGACUCCGGAUCCACAGCGACCGAAGAGCACCGGUGCUGUGGUGCCGAAGAGAAGCCCGAAAACGAAAACUCUGCGCACUGCUCAGUCCAUUCUUGUUGGAGCUUGGUCGAGCCCCGCAAGCAAUUCAUCCGAAGACACGUACGGGUGCAGACGUACAGAUGAUAUGUAAUACGUCCAUGGGACUCGUUGCAAACCCGUUUCAAGUUUUCCCCGCUCGAACUGAGAUGCAAAACGCGCUGCGUGUUCAGUCGCGCAAGUUCCAAGGGCUGGCUUUGACCUGCGAGGCUCUACCAGGGUUAUUUGUGUAUGCGUCCACGGCCCAGACCAUGUAUUCAGGGCUCAUAAUAGCCUUGAUGGCCCAGUCAUGGCAUGAAUUGCGAAUUCGGCCUCAGUUUGUUACGAAAGUCCAAGCCGGGUUUAGCCAAGAGAAGCUCGGGCGCCUUGAUGAGUUUGUUGAAAUUGGGAAAUCUUUGGUGAAACACAUGGGAUUGUAUGGAUUACAGAUUUGCCAGUUUAGUCUCAGUCAUGGUUUGCCUGGUCUUGCGCAGACCCUUGACAAAAAUUCUGAAAACGUUGCAAUUGCUACGACUCUCGCUCCCUCGCGCAGUCUGGCUUUGCCUGUACAUAUCGGGCAUACCCUACCUUGGCUUCUUGAUCAUACGCAUUGUGCAGUUCAGUUGUCUUGCGAAUUAAAGACGCUCCUCUGUCCUGCCAGAAGAAGUUCGUCCGACUGGUCCAAUCUACCAUACAGGCUCCGUGUCUUUUAUACGCGCUCCGACUUCCCUCCUACGCACACAUUUAUCUCAAACUCUGUGGCCUGUACCUCCACUUUACUUCACCCCCUCGGGAUCCAUCUCCAUCGCCUGCACCCCGCUUUGCCAAGAAUCAAAGCUACCAUCGUCCCGCUUCUCGACCAGUCUCCAACCUUCCGACAAGGCCCUUUGUUUUACGUUGCGUCAAGCGUCAUCCCACAUAUCCCCUCAAACUCUUCGGUUUCUCCCUCGUCGACCGUGAUCUUCCGUCGAUUCACCCGGCUCCACGCCUUCAAUCAAUAA